CUUGUGUGGGAAAAGUGGAGUGAGAGUUGUGUGUGCGUGUGUGUGUACUGCGGGUUCCGUGUCUUCGUCACGGGGCCGGGGAGGCAGCUCCAGCGUCCACGCCGUCAAUUGGCUGCUCUUCCGCACGACUUCGGUUUGCUUCCGGCGUCGCCACACAACCUGCAGACCGUGCACGCACACGCACGCCUACUCCACGUUAAUAUGCGGCGGGACCGGGGGCGGGGUGCGCGUGCACGAUGCAUCUUCUAGCCAAAGUCCCUCUUAUCGGAAUGUUUGAAGAUUAACGAGGUCGUCGGCGGACGUGCACAUUACAAGUGGGCCUGGCCUGUCUCCGGUGGGCCCGGGUAGAGAACACCGAAUAAAAGCUACACCGCGCAGCUGCACCCGCGAGACGGCAGCGGACGGAGCCAUGCCGGAGAAGCGAAUGUCGCGGUGGUAUUUCGGCGGGCUGGCGUCCUGCGGAGCCGCCUGCUGCACGCAUCCCUUGGAUCUCCUCAAGGUGCACCUACAAACACAGCAGGAGGUGAAGAAGAGGAUGUUUGGCAUGGCUGUUCAUGUGGUGAAGAAUAAUGGCAUCCUUGCGCUUUACAAUGGCCUCUCUGCUUCCCUUUGUAGACAGAUGUCCUACUCUCUGACCAGAUUUGCCAUCUAUGAGACUGUAAGGGACAUGAUGGGCAACACAAGCCAGGGACCCAUGCCCUUCUACCAAAAGGUCCUGCUAGGAGCUUUUGGAGGUUGCACUGGUGGCUUUGUUGGCACGCCAGCAGACAUGGUGAAUGUCAGGAUGCAAAAUGACGUGAAACUCCCGGCAGAGCAAAGGAGAAACUACAAACAUGCCAUCGAUGGGCUCUUUAGGGUCUUCAGAGAAGAGGGUGUGAGGAGGCUGUUCUCAGGGGCCACCAUGGCUUCCAGCAGAGGAGCCCUGGUCACUGUGGGACAGUUGGCGUGUUAUGACCAGGCUAAGCAGCUUGUGCUGGGAGCAGGGAUGCUGGGAGAUAACAUGUUCACACAUUUUCUCUCCAGCUUCAUUGCUGGAGGCUGUGCUACGUUCCUUUGUCAACCACUCGAUGUCCUAAAGACCAGACUCAUGAACUCAAAGGGAGAGUACACUGGGGUACGACAUUGCUUACAAGAAACUGCUAAGUUGGGUCCCCUGGCAUUCUACAAGGGUCUCGUCCCAGCAGGGAUCCGCUUGAUCCCUCACACAGUGCUCACGUUCAUCUUCCUCGAGCAGCUGAAAAUAUACUUUGGAAUCCGCAUCGUUUCCUGAGAACAGAUCAUUCUUCAACGGCUUCGCUCUGAUCAUUUUGCAUGAGGACGAGGGGAAGAAAAGGAAGCCACGUGCAGCCGAUGGCAUCUUGUUCUACCUCUGUCUCAUGGCGUGAGCCUGAAUUUUUAAUUUUUUUUUUGAAACGAUCAAUGCCACAUUUUGCUAGGGAUUAAUACUGGAACAAACACGUUUAGAGUAAUAUAAGUGAAGAGCAUCGGGUUAUUGGAAGGACCUGAUGGGGUAGAUGAACCUGUCCUUAAUCAUUUCAGGUGUGCUGAGUUUUUUUGGUGAUUAUUUCAAGCUUAAUAUGUUUUAUUGGUAAUGCCUGACUUCAUGUUGACUUAAACUAAUUCCGAAAGACUCAUUAAUGAUUUAGAUGUGAAUUUAGGCGAAGAUUGCCAAUAUUAGGCAGACAACGGUGAGGACAGUUACAUGGCAUAUAGACACUGUAGUAAACAGCUGAUAUCACUAAUCUGUUAUGUAAUUGCUUAUGAUUCAUUCCCACCAUUACUGACCAAAUGUGGUGCAAUCCUAUAUUUGACUUGUUUAUUUUUGACCUGGAAACCAAGUCUGUUAGAACCCCUUAGCCCUUUUUCCUCAUGGUGUUUAGUUGUAAUCAUCUGGAGGAGGGGAACAGGUUGUCUCAUCAGCCGUCAUCAUAACAAUACUCGACGCUGUAUUUUAAAUGGCUUUUAACGAGUAUCGCUGAAGAAGCUGUGCUUGUAGUGUUUCUUGCCGAGCUGACUUAUUGACUCAGGAUUCCCCCCAAUGCUUGAAGAUGGCACUUUUGUCACACCUGACUAAAAAUGUGCCAGGCUAAAACAUGUUUUUGGUCAUGAAAUGCAUUUAUGUGCCAUCAAUGAAGAACUGUGAUGAACAUCUGUCCCCCACAGAGCCCUUGUCAUGUUGCCUUACCAUGUGUGUCCCCCAGAGGGCAGCAUAGAAGUGGGAUUGGAUUCAAACGUAUCAAGUUUAAAGCUCCUUUAAUGGGUAUCCGAACAGCCUUGCACCUUCAGCCUAGGAUGGACUUUGAAGAAGAAAAACACCAGCUCGACUGCUGCAUGAUUAUGUGACCUGUGUAUCAGCCUUACUAACCUGCUGCUAUGUGUGAGAUAUUUUACUAAGCAGGAAUUAAUGACUUUUUAAAUUAAAAUACUAAUUGAAA